AUGAGGUUAGAGGCUGGCAAAUGUGAAGAGUUUGGGCAGAGCAAGAAAGAGAGGGAGACAUGGAGAGACCUGAAUCUCCUGAGGCUUUUCCAAAAGCACACUGAUUCUUUGAGUGGAGCCUCUGCCACUCUGCACGUACACCCAGAGCCUCUCCAGUCACCUGGCUUCAGUGUGGGAGCGGAGAAGAAAGGGAAUGAGAAAAAAAGAGAGAGAGAGAGAGCAAGGGCAGGGAGGGACAUGGUGAAGAAGAAGGAGGGCAAAACGACAGUUAUAGACGGUGUUAUAGAGCCUUCAUCUGUGCAACCACAGCCUCCCAACCUCACUGCACCGUGCCCCAUUUACAGAUGGAACCUACAAAACAAGUCCAACUACACUGACCUCCUGUUGCUCAGUCAGUUCAUUCAUUCAGAUGGCGGGAUGCUGCCCCGGUGCAUUACAGGCAUCUGUGCUCAGGAACACAGCAAGAUUGCAAUUUGUGUGCAGAUGGCCCAUCAUGAAGUUCUCCUACCAGAUCAUAGAACCCAUUUACCAGAAGGCCAUGUACCAAAACCAAAGCCAAACCCACCUCUCAACAGGUACCUGACACGGUACUCUGUGAAGUCUGUGAAGCCCAUCUACAAGACAGGGCUAAAGUGGUGUAAGAAUAGAAUGCCUGUGGGAAAUCCUGCCCUAAAAAACAACGUCAGAUACAGCCCCAAGCCAUUGUACAUAAAGCACUGAAGGACAGAGCUGCUCAU